AAUCAUUUCCGUCAUUAUAUUUCUAUAAUAUUAUCCGAGCUGGUGGAUAAAUGUAUUAUUAUUUGUUAUUAUAAGUAUGCAAUAAUAAAAUAACUUAUUUGAAAAAAGUCGUAGCCUCUGCAUUCUUUGGAAACUCUAAGUCCCACAAUGCAACGUAACCGAGUGGGUAAAUCACGCCUGCGCGGUGAGCAAUCCCUCUUUGGACCUACGUCUCCACUGAAACGAUGGCCAAGCGUACCAAGAAGGUGGGGAUCGUGGGUAAAUAUGGCACGCGUUAUGGCGCGUCGCUGAGGAAGAUGGUUAAGAAAAUUGAGAUCUCCCAGCACGCAAAAUACACCUGCUCUUUCUGUGGCAAGACCAAGAUGAAGAGGAGGGCCGUUGGCAUCUGGCACUGUGGGUCCUGCAGGAAGACUGUGGCUGGAGGCGCCUGGACAUACAACACAACUUCAGCUGUCACAGUCAAGUCUGCGAUCAGGAGGCUGAAGGAGUUGAAAGACCAGUAAACCUUGGGACUUUUUCUAUUGUUUAACCCACCCUGGACAUGGCCACAACAUCAAGAAAUAAAUCUGUCUGGAGCGGAA